CCAUCCAUACACAGAGAUGAAACGAUGAAGAGAAAGCAGAACGAAUAAUAAUGCUUUUCCGAAACCGGUUUCUGUUUUUGCUGGCUUUGGCAGCCUUAUUAGCCUUUUUGAGCCUCAGUCUACAAUUCUUGCAUUUAAUCCCAGUAAACCCCAUCCGGGAAGAUGGGCUGAAUCCCAAGAGCCGGAAGAGAAUAAUGCCUGAUUUGCUAACUGAACCCCCUGCAAUAGAUCCUGUUUAUGAAGCUCACAUUUACUGUAAUAUUCCCACCAUUGCUGAACGCAGCAUGGAAGGUCAUGCGCCUCAUUAUUUUAAACUGGUAUCGGUUCAAGUGUUGAUUCGACAUGGCGAUAGAUAUCCACUGUAUGCCAUUCCCAAGACAAAAAGACCUGACAUUGACUGUACAUUGGUGCCUAACAGGAAACCUUCUCAUCCCCAGCUUGAAGCUUUCAUUAAGCAUAUGUCCAAAGGGUCUGCAGCCCAAAUGGAUGGUACCCUAGGCAGCCUGCCUCGGUACCCUAGUCAUUCUUUGUGUGAAAUGGGAGAGCUUACACAGACAGGGAUUGUACAGCACUUGCGAAACGGACAGCUAUUACGAGAAAUUUAUAUAAACAAACAUAAACUGCUCCAGAGUGACUGGACAGCAAAACAGCUCUACUUGGAGACAACAGGAAAAAGUCGAACCCUGCAGAGUGCACUGGCACUGCUCUACACAUUUUUACCAGAUUUUGACUGGAAGAAAAUUAACAUGAGACAUCAGUGGAGCACCAUUUUUUGCUCUGGAAGCUGUGACUGCCCAAUGCGAAACCACUACCUAGAAGAGGAACAGCGCCGACAGUACAGCUUACGGGUGAAGAACAACAAUUUGGAGAAAAUAUAUGUGGAUAUGGCAAAGAUUGUAGGCAUUCCCACCAGGCAGUUGAGAGCUUCUAACCCGAUAGAUUCUCUCUUGUGCUACUUUUGCCAUAAUGUCAGUUUUCCAUGUACUAACACCGGCUGCAUUGGUAUGGAACACUUCAAAGUAAUCAAGAGACAUCAGUUAGAGGAUGAAAGAGAAAGACAGGAGAAGAAACUUUACUUCUUGUAUGCACUAUUGGCUACUCAUCCUCUCCUCAACCAGACUGUUAACCGGCUGCAGCGUAUUGCAGAAGGCAAGAAAGAAGAAGUAUUUGUUCUUUAUUCUGCACAUGAUGUCACGUUGUCACCUGUUCUUAGUGCCUUGGGCAUUACUGAAGCCAGAUUUCCAAGAUUUGCAGCCAGAUUAGUCUUUGAGCUGUGGCAGGAUGGAAAGAGACCCAAAGAACACUUUAUACGCAUCCUCUAUAAUGGUGCUGAUGUCACAUUCCAGACCUCGUUCUGCAAGGAUUAUUACAAACGUUCUAGCAAGCCCAUGUGCCCUCUAGAAAAAUUUGUUAACUUUGUCAGAAGGGAUAUGUUCUUAGUUUUUAAUAGCACUAGUUACUAUGAUGCAUGUCGUAGGAGACCGCUGUAGGGGAGGGAAGUGAAAAGGAAACAAUGUUAACUUGUGUAUCAGUGAAAGUCUCUGUAUCUAUUCUGGUGAAGGGGCAGUUCAGGCUGGUUAGUUCUUGUACCUUUUUGUGUAACUACAAAAGAAUAUUGCUUGAAACAGUUUUCAGAUAAUUUUAUUUUCAUUCAAAAACCACAGAUGGUCUUCAGUAGAAAAAUAAAUAACUGAGGGAGUAUUACAGAUAUAUGUGUAUGCUCACAUAUGCUGUGUUAACUGUAAUGAAUUGAUAAACCACGUGGGCUACUGUAACCUGGAUGUUGCUUGAUUUAAAAAAAAAAAAAAAAAAA